AUGAUUGUGGAUACCUUCUUGGAGUGCUGUCUCCGGCUCCUCCACACAAAUCACUCCAACUCAGACAGAAUAGAAGAGUUGACCAAGGUCAUUUCCACUCUUGAGUUGCUGACUGCCAACUUGGCUGUCGCCUUGAUUUUUUUGCAUAAGUACCAGUCCAAUUCGGUCAACAGUCUAGAUAUUAAUGAUUGUGACUCCAUGGCCUACUAUGGCAUCGUGGCUGCGCUAGUUUUGGCAAACAAGUUCAUCAACGACCAAAGCUAUACAUUGAAGACGUGGCACAACAUCUUGUCGAAGUUUCUGCUGUUUCAGGCACCACUUUCUAUGUUGAACCAACUUGAGAUGAACUUCCUCGCAGGUUUGGAUUACAUGCUUAACACCAAGCAUGACCCCCUGAUGUGGACGGAAUUGGAUGGGCUCAACGCUAUCGACACGGCCCAAUUACGUCUGGCUGUCGACCCAUCAUGCCCUUCUCCUAUUUCUGCUGGCUCCAUGUUGUCCGGUCCUGUUUGUCCAGCUCCUACAUAUCCUACCGUCUCUUCUAUCAUACCAACGGUGAUGACUCCCAUUCCAAUGGGAGCUUCGUGUGCGCCCAUUCCUUUCGGAGCCUUGCAGCUUCCAUCGCAUUUCGAGCUCCAACUGUCGAAUCUUGCCGAGUCCGUUGCCUCGGCCCGUCUGUCAGUGCAAGGCUCCCUUCGUGGAUCUGUUUACGGCAUUCACGGUGUCAACCCUCCACUGAGAGAGGCUACGGACUUAACGUACCUGUCACAUAACUCUACGCCUAUGUUCGCUCCUGUUACCCCUUUGUCUCAUCUGUUUGCCAUUGCUACGUUGCCUACACCAUUCACACAAGUGGGAGCCACGCCAUACAAAUGGGAGCAGCCUUGCAAGCGGAGAAAGAUGUGGAACGAACCUCCAACUUUAGCAUACCUUACCAACUGA